AUGGCGGCCGAUACCUUCACCGAAAGAGAGAAGGACAUGAUGGCGUUCGCGUGGCAGUGUUUCGAUGACGAGCCAAAGGUCAACUGGCAGAAACUAGCCGGUCUGAUGGGCAUGUCCAACGAGCGAUCGGCAGCCAAUGCCUGGGGUCGCAUCAAGAAAAAGCUUGCUCAACGGGUCGCUUCAGCGAACGAUGGCGACAAUGACGACGAAGGCUCAGCCGCCGCAGCCUCUUCUACUCCAAAGUCCAAGGCUACGACGGGAAAGAAGCGAGGUCGCAAACCUGCGAGCGCAGCCGAUGACCAUCAUGAUGAUGAUGAUGAAGAUGCGAAGCCUCCACCUAAGAAAUCGAGAGCUAAGAAAGCAAAGGGCGGUGCUUCCAAGGCUCUUGCUGUUAAGGAUGAGGUGGACGACAGUGCCAAAGCUAUCAAGGCUGAGAAGGUUGAGGAUGGUGACGAGGAUGAGGAGAAUGGUGGCUUGAAUUGA